CGUUAUUCCCGUAUUUAAGGUAUGAUGACCUGCACGACUUUUGUUAAGUUGUGUCUUUCUAAAGAGGUGCAGAGGCGCAGUUGGUAUGUUCAACAACUUGGUUGUAUGUGGCGUUAAUAGCCUCCAUAAGGUUAAUAAGUGUGUAUGUAUUUGAAGCUAAGACAUAGUAGCACCAACAUUUUUGGCGCCUUGGUUACUUUUCACAACACUCCGUGGAAGAGGCUGCCUCCGUGACUCCCAGAACCUAGACGUGACCACCUGAAGAUAAAGAGCUUAUUACAGCUAAUGUGGCUACAGCACAAAUAAUAACACACUAAUUUCUCCGAUCCAUAAAUCACUACAAUAUUGGCUGUCAAGUGAUUCCGGUACAGAGUGUCUGAUCGCUGACUAUAACAUCUCCCUAUAACCCCCCAGAGAGUGAUGGUGCUUUGCAAAGAAUUCAAUUGAAUAUAACAUUUGAACCACUAUGUUUAUACUGAAAACCAUUAAUUGCUUAUGUGUAAUACAGAGUAAAGGCAUUACUGAUAAAUGUAGUUAAAUAUGAAUCAUUGAUGUCUUCAUAUAAUAAUAGAUAGCAGUGGAAAAAAUAUCAGUGGAAGUCAAAUACAAACAAAGGACGAGGAUGGCCCCUGAGAUCCAGGCAGUGGUACAUGCUACCCAGGCAUGGCUGAAGUCCUCCUGGCAUGUUCAGGUGCCCUUUGCCUGGCUAGAAGCCUGCGUGGAGUGGCUGCAGGAAGAAGCAGGAAGAGCAGGUUGUCUGUCGCAGCAGCAAAUUAACCAACAGGCACUGGACCAGUGGCUGUUGACAGACCUCAGACACCUAAACCACCCAGUUCUCCCUGAAGGACUCUCUCAGGCUCAGAAGACUGAACUCAGCGGCACGUUCUGUGUCCAGGUUGACUCAUUACUGGACAUCAGUCAGCCUGCGUACAGCCAGAUGCAGAAGUGGAGGGGCUCAGAUUGUGCCAACGACGAGGUGUCUGCUGUCACACAGUUCACUCAGAGGGCCUGGGAGACCAGACCAACCCGUAUGCUGCUAUUGCAGGUGACAGAUGGAGUACAGAGCUUGGAGGCCAUGGAGUAUCAGUCAGUCCCUGCACUCAGCACAGCUCUAAGGCCUGGUGUGAAGCUGCAGCUGCAAGGCCAGAUGGUCUGCCGACUCGGGAUGCUCCUGUUGGGGCCGUCCAACAUCAAGGUUCUGGGCGGUGAAGUGGAGGACCUGGUGGAGAGGAAUAAUCAGGGCAAGGUGCUGUGUCGGACGCUGGGACUUCCUGAGGAGCAGCAAGAGGGGGGAGAGCCCCCUCCAGCACCAGUACACGGAAACCAGGUGGUGGAGGACCUGGAACUAGAUGAUGCAGAGCUGUUGGCCAGUCUGGAGGCCCAGGAGGAGGGCGAACGGGUCCAGGUGGGGCCUGUUCCAGACAGUGGCUAUGGGACGCUCAGCGAGACUGCCACUCUGUCCUCCAGAAGUUCUUCCAUGAGGAGCCUUUUCUCGACAGCCUCAGCCAGAAAUGAAGCCUCUGCCCGCUCUUACAGAAGUGGUUCGGCCCAGAGCAACAGAGGCGGUUCAGUCCAAGGUCAUCGUCACCACGGUACCGAACAAGAGGAUCCUGACCUCUCAAUUCAACAGCAGAGCUCGGAUCACAACAUGGCAGUCGAGGACUUUCCUGACGAAGACUUUGACGAUCUUCCUCUGGAUGAGUUGGACAGUGUGGCUUUUCCACAAAGUAACAAUAUUACCACGCCGUCUGUCAGCAGUCACAGAAGCACGCCACAGAGCAGCGACAGAUUAACGGGAAAUCCUAACAGGGCAACAAAAGCCCAAACUGCUCAGUUUGAGCAGCACAGUUUGAAUCUGGGCUCUGGGUCACGGCUUGGUUCCAGCAACUCAAGAUCCACCAUGCCGAAAAGAGACAAUCAAGGCUGUCUUAUAGAAGCUGUAGGGCAGGUCUUGUCCCCAGCAGCAGCAUCACAUGAGUUAGGCUUUGUUACUAAUGAUGACAAUGAUGUCAUGGAUGACGAUAUGGACUGUUUUCUCUCAGAGGUAGAAACUGAUUGGACUGAAGCAUCAAAUCAGCCCCCUGUUCAACAAGGUGCAAGCAGAGACCAAGAGAGCUUUACCAACAACACUGUAACUUCAGGCUCCAGUCGUAGAGUCACCAGCAACUCAUCAAAAAGUGCAACAGAGAGGUUUUCAUUUGAGAGCUCACGCAACACUCCUCAGGCGCAACAUUUGAACCCAAACAUUGCAGGAUUUGAAUCUGUUGAAAUAGACCGGCAGAGGGACAGCCCGGUCCCUGCUCUCACUCUGACAUCUCCACCUUUUACAUACGUGUGCCUGCUCGAGGAGAUGACGUCCAAACCACAACCUCACACCACAGCGAUCCGAGUCAAAGCUUUCAUUGUAACCCUCGUGGGGAAACUGAGCAGCAGCAACGGCCUUUGGCGCGUCUGCGCCACAAUAUCAGACGGGACUGGUUACCUGGACGUGGAGCUGUCCGAUGAGGUUUUGACGGGCCUGCUGGGCUUCUCGGUGGCGGGAAAGGCGGCUCUGAAGCGUGACCCAGCCCGGAGAGGUGAGCUGGACACCGGGAUGAGGAGGUGUCAGGAAGAGCUGGUGGACAUGUGCUGUGUUAUGACCAUCGCGCUAGAACCAGAUGGCAGAAAAGCUUUGGUGACUAAGGCGGACCCCGUCGAUGAGAAAGUAUUCCAGGAGCUGGAGCAGAGGCUGAAAGACAGGAGGAAAUAGAGUGUUUGAAGGGAAGUGGCUGAUAAUGAGAAAAUUACAGGCAGCAGAGAAGUAUAUUGCCUUUUUAGUAGAGAUAGAAAAUUGCAUUGCUUAAAAAAAAAUGUGUUUCUCUUUUUCUUCAAAUUGGUGAUUAACCUGCCCUUCUGCUUUAGAUUUGGAGACCAGAAUGUGUGAACUGGAUGUCAGAUGAUCAGCAGGCAGUGUGUUGCAAUGCAUCCCAUCUGCUAUAUGUGAAUGUGACAUUCUGUCUCAGAGCAUUUCAUUCAUCUAUUCAAAGAGCUAUUUUUUGCUUGAAAUGCACGGCAUUAUUCCCAAGCAAAGUAAAGCGGUCUUUAAUAUCUGCACCGUUGGUUAUCAACAUAUACGUUCAAACUCCCAGAUUGUAUGUAACGUUAAGAAAUAUGUGAAGAGAAGAGUGGAGCAUGUGAGAUGAAAGAAGGAAAUUGGGGGGGGGGGGGAAUAAUUUAUACGAUGAUUGUUGAAAUGAAUUGCCAUCCUUUGCAUUCAUUCAGUAAAUCCAGAAAUGAUUGAAUAUCCAAGGGCAGCGUGGGUCUUUAAUGAACUCCCACAAAGCAGGUGAGAGGAAAGGGAGAUAAGGGAGAGGCCAUCAUUUCUGAUUAUUUCUCUCAUUAUAGAGCCUCAUCUGUUUUUGUCUUUGAUGAAUAAACCACAAAUGUAAGGCCGUGCCUGUAUUUACUGUAUAUUGAAAUAAAAUUGUUCUGAAUGUUUUACAAUUUUCCCUCGCUCUUUGACUAAUAAAACAUGCUUGGAGUGCG